GUUAUAUAACAGUAGCUUGUGGCGGGAAAUAUUUUAGUCUGUUUAGGUUUUGUAUGAGCGUGAUGUCACCGAAGAAGAAAUUAAAAACAACUAAAAUUCAUGAUGUGGCAAGUAAAAAAGAUUCAAAGAAACCUGUUACUUCCUAUUCCCAUUGGUUGAUGAAAUCUGAACCAGAGUCCAGACUUGAAAAUGGAGUUGAUAUUAAGUUCAGCCUGGAUAAUUUGAAAAAUUCACCAAACGAAACUGCAUGCUGGGAUGGAGUUCGGAAUUAUCAGGCUAGAAAUUUUAUGAAAGAUCAAAUGAAAGUUAAGCAUAAAGUAUUUUUUUAUCAUAGUAACUGUAAAAUUCCUGGAAUUGCUGGCAUCUGUGAGGUUGUCAAAGAAAGUUAUCCUGAUCACACAGCAUUUGAUAAAAAGGACCCACAUUAUGACAAGUCAUCAGAUCCUGCUAACCCUAAAUGGUUUAUGGUUGACGUGAAAUAUAUUCGAACAUUGAACAAUUUUAUACCUCUUUCACUACUUAAGGAAUAUCAUUUCAAACACAAAGCAAAUGGUGGUCCAUUAAAGAAUCUGGCUUUAUUUUGCCAAGCAAGACUUUCAGUCCAACCAAUUAGACAAGAAGAAUGGGAUUUCAUUAUGACACUUGAAAAGAAAGAAACUUGAAACAAUAAAAUAUUUCACUAAUUUAAUUGACAUGACAUUGAAAAUAAAUUGUAAGCUAAAUAUUUUGUCAGAAUUUUUUUAUAAACCAAUACUAGUUAUGCAUGUGAAUGUUAUCACCCAAUGCUCAUCCUAUAUAAAAUUGUAUUUUUCACUUUAUUAUAUAUUUUCAAAUGUCAUUUUCCUUUUUAACUUUCUUCAUUUAUCCCAUCAUUGUCACUUUCCUUUCUCCACUCUCACAAUGCUGUUAUUUGUAUAAAUAAAAGAUAUCCAAACCAUCAACCUUA